GCUCGGGGCUCCCGAGUGGCCAGGGGACAAGAGCCCGGAGGGCAGCCACGUCCUGCCCUGGGCACAGGGUGGACAGUGGAAUUCCAGGAUUAUCCAAGGUCUGAGAUCAGCCAAGGGGAAAAGGACUUGUCCAAAAUGGCCUCGGAGAGUGGGAAGCUGUGGGGCGGCCGGUUCGUGGGCUCCAUCGACCCCAUCAUGGAGAAAUUCAACUCGUCCCUCGCCUAUGACCAGCGCAUGUGGGAGGCCGAUAUCCAGGGCAGCAGGGCCUACAGCAAAGGGCUGGAGAAAGCCGGGCUCCUCACCAAAGAGGAGCUGGACAAGAUCCUCCGCGGCCUGGACGAGGUAGCUGAGGAAUGGGCCAAAGGCACCUUUGUACAGAACCCCAAUGAUGAGGACAUCCACACGGCCAAUGAACGCAGGCUGAAGGAGCUUAUCGGGGAGACAGCAGGGAAGUUGCACACUGGACGCAGCCGGAAUGACCAGGUGGUCACUGACUUGAGGCUCUGGAUGCGAAGGUCAUGCUCCACGCUGUCAUCCCACCUCCGGACGCUCCUCACAACCAUGGUGGAGCGGGCUGAAGCGGAGAAAGACGUGCUCUUCCCAGGCUACACCCACCUACAGAGGGCUCAGCCCAUCCGCUGGAGCCACUGGAUCUUGAGUCACACCGUUGCCUUGUCCCGAGACCUAGAGCGUCUGCUGGAGGUGAGGAAAAGGAUUGACGUGCUACCCCUGGGGAGUGGGGCCAUUGCUGGCAACCCCUUGGGAGUGGAUAGGGAGCUGCUCCGAAAAGAGUUGAAUUUCAGCGCGAUCACCCUCAAUAGCAUGGAUGCCACAAGCGAGAGAGACUUUGUGGCUGAGUUCCUCUUCUGGGGCUCUCUGUGCAUGACGCACCUCAGCAAGAUGGCGGAAGACCUGAUCAUUUAUGGCACCAAGGAAUUUAGCUUCGUACAGCUAUCCGAUGCCUACAGCACCGGGAGCAGCUUGAUGCCCCAAAAGAAGAACCCUGACAGCCUCGAGCUGAUCCGGAGCAAAGCGGGGCGCGUGUUUGGCCGGUGUGCUGGGCUCCUGAUGACGCUGAAAGGGCUUCCAAGUACCUACAACAAAGACUUACAGGAGGACAAAGAGGCCGUCUUUGAAGUCUUCGACACCAUGAAUUCUGUGCUGCAGGUGGCCACUGGCAUCAUCUCCACCAUGAAGAUCAACAAGGUGUGCAUGGAGGAAGCCCUCAGCCCAGACAUGCUCGCCACCGAUCUUGCCUACUACCUUGUCAGAAAGGGGAUGCCAUUCAGGCAGGCCCAUGAGGCAUCCGGAAAAGCUGUCUUCAUGGCAGAGACCAAGAAGCUGGCCCUCAGCCAACUCUCUUUGACGGAACUGCAGACCAUCAGCCCCCUGUUCUCCGGCGACGUGAGCCAAGUGUGGAACUAUGCCAACAGCGUGGAGCAGUACAACGCCUUGGGUGGGACGGCCAAAAGCAGUGUGGACUGGCAGAUUCAGCAGCUGAGAGACUUGCUGCGGACCCUGCCGCAAUAGAGACCCCCCUACUCAGCCCCCUGCCCCUACCCACAGACUCCUGGGGGAAUAAACCCCAGUGGGAAGAUUGGGUGUUCAUGUUCUGACUUAGCCAUCAUCCUGGUGAAGGCAGGAGACGUGGUGCGGCGGAGACAGCGUGGGCCUGGAGGCAAAGGAAACCCAAGUUCAAAUCCUCCUUCAGAUAGCUGGGACGUCCUGGCCAAGUGACUUAACCUCUCUGGGCCUCAGUUUCUUCAUCUGUAAAAAGGAGGGGGGAUUGGAUCUCUCUUCUAGCUCUGAAUCUACAGAUAUAUUAUAAAGCAUUCCAUGGGGCUGGGGCGCAGGGGUCCAGACCGGAAGGGGACAAAGGAAAAGAGAGAUGGGAGGGGGAAGAGAGGGAAGGGACUCGGGUCCUAGUCUCUAGAGCAUCACUGCCCUUGGCCCCUCUUCCCUGGGAUUCUCAGUGACUCUCCUGGCUUCCUUUACUGCACUAGUCUAACUUUAGAAGGCCUGCAUAGACCUCAGCCCCAAAUCAGGCUGAUCGAAAGCCCAGUGGGAUCUGUAAUCCCUGUGAUUUUGUGGCGAGGCUCCCAGUGGAUUCGUCAACAAGCUUCUGUCAAAUGUC